GUAACUUGCAUAGUCACGGUGCCGCUAGUAUGGUUUCAGUCAGAAAUGGUCGCCACAUCUUCAAAGAGAUCCCAACAGGCUAUCCUGAACCAGGGAAGACGACAGUUUUUGAUGGCAGCCAGACCAUCGACCCGGAGACUGCGCCUCUGAACGGCGGGUUCCUGGUCAAAACCCUUUUCUUGUCCAUUGAUCCAGCCAUGCGCGUCAGGAUGUCGGCCGAGGAUUUCAACAGCUAUACGCCGGCCUUUGUCAUGGGAAAGCCCUUGGAUAACUUUGGCAUAGGCAUCGUCGUGCGCUCCGACAAUUCUGCACUCAAAGCAGGCGAUCAUGUCUACGGUAUCGUCCCAUUCCAGGAGUACUUCGUUGACACCGAUCACACGAAGUACCGCGUGCUCGAGAAUAAGGAGAAGCUCCCGUGGUCCGUGUACCUUGGCGCGGCAGGUGGACCCGGCCAGACAGCAUACUACGCGUGGAAGGAGUACGCCUCGCCGAAAAAGGGGGAGACGGUGUUCGUCACCGCAGCAGCAGGUCCAGUGGGCUCCAUGCUGAUACAAUUAGCGAAGCUCGAUGGGUGCAAGGUCAUCGCUUCUGCAGGCUCCGAAGAGAAGGUCAAGUUGGCCGGACAGUUCGGCGCGGAUGUUGCAUUCAAUUACAAGGCGAUCGACACACUAGAGGUAUUGAUGAAGGAAGGUGGCAUUGACAUCUACUGGGACAAUGUUGGAGGCCCGACGCUAGAGGCGGCGCUCGAGGCAGCCCACAUCGGCGCACGCUUCAUCGAAUGUGGCAUGGUGAGCGGAUAUGGUGCCACCGAGCCGUACGGCAUCAAGAACUUGGUUCUGAUCAUGCGCAAAACGAUUUCUCUGUACGGGUUUCUCUUCUUCCGCCUCGCCUCGAAGUACGAAGAGGAGUUCUUCCGCGUCGUUCCGCCAAAGUUAGCUACCGGAGAGCUGAAGUACGCCGAUGAUAUCACGAAGGGGCUGGAGAACGUCGGCGAAGCGAUCCUAGACGUGCUGCAGGGGAAGAAUAAAGGGAAGAAGAUUGUUUUAGUUGCUGAGGAAUAGAGAGAUGCUUGUGGAUUUGUCUUAUUGUAGGAAAUUGCUCAGAAUCAUGAAUGAAUAGCACGAUACCUGAUAUGUUGAUAUCACCUUCGUGCCAGCG